AUGUGGGACUGCUCUCCUAAUGUCGAUCGGAGUGCACCCGGCAGGCGUGCCGGUCCGCGGGACACCGAAGGUCGUCCCCGAAACCAUGAGGCAUGGUUCCGGGGACACGCCGCGGGUCCACGGUGCCCCUCCGGACAACAGUCCGUGGGACACCGCUUCCCCGCCCUCCUCGGCCGGUUUCCCGGCUUGGCCACUCCUUGGCCAUGUGGGCUCUUAGUCGGCGGGCCCUCCGGAGACAUCCGGAUUGCCCGCCUUAAGCCCCCUCACCACGUCAAGGUGGCCCACGCGAGGGGGACCGUGGCUCUAGGCUGGAUCCAGGACCAUCCGUCGCGAUGGCACACUUUCGUGGCGAACCGCGUGGCCGAAAUCCAGACCACGGUCGCGAGCGCCGGGUGGCAUCACGUUCCGGGACGCGAAAAUCCGGCUGAUUGUGCCUCCCGGGGGCUCUCUCCGGGAGACCUUAUAAACUUUCAAUUGUGGUGGCGUGGUCCGCCGUGGUUGGAGUACGAUGUUUCAGAGUGGCCUACUGCCGCUGGUUCCAACCCGCGGGUCGACCUGCCCGAGGAGAGGAUCCGCGUUCACGCCACGGAGUCCGUCGCUGCUGCACCGGAAGAGGCUGAGGAGCUGCUGAGAUUCUCAUCCCUCCACCGACUGCUUCGCGUUACCGCCUGGUGCCGUCGUUGGGUGUUGCGCGGAGGAUCUGGGGUCGGUCCCGUACAUCCGGCAUUGCCGCUGCCUCUCGAGGGGGUCUUGUCGGUUGGCGAACUGGAAGCGGCCCGUUUGGUCUGGGUCCGGGCCGCGCAGAUGUCUCAUUACUCCGCCGAGAUGAGAGCAGUCGAGUUGAGCCGGGCGUUGUCCAAGUCAAGUAAGCUUAUUCGGCUGAGUCCGUUCCUAGACGCGCAGGGCAUACUCCGUGUCGGCGGGCGGCUGGGGCACGCGGUGCUGUCAUACGACGAGCGGCAUCCGGUCAUCUUGCCCGACGACUCUCACUUCACUCACCUAAUCGUGGCCACUUGCCAUCGGCGAGCUCUCCACGGCGGAGUGCAGUUGACGUUGAGUCUCGUCCGCCAACAAUAUUGGAUUCCGCGCGGUCGCUCGGUCAUGAAAAGGGUUAUCCGGCGGUGCGUAACCUGCGUAAGGUGGCGAGCAGCCAGCCCUCAGCAGCGAAUGGCUGAUCUUCCGCGAGAAAGAGUUGCGCGAGCGCGAGCGUUCCUUCAGACCGGCGUCGAUUACGCCGGACCUAUCCAGCUGCGAGCCGGCAAGGGUCGAGGCCAGCGGGCCUUUAAAGCUUUCGUGGCAGUCUUUAUCUGUCUCUCCACUCGAGCCGUUCAUUUGGAAGUCGUGUCCGACUACUCCGCGGGCGCGUUCCUCGCGGCUUUACGGCGCUUCAUCUCCCGCCGCGGUAUUUGUUGCACCCUUUUCAGCGACUGCGGUACGAAUUUUGUCGGCGCUGACGCGCAGCUCCGGGCAAUGUUCUCCGCCAGCAGCCCGGUAUUGCAGCAGAUCAAGGCGCGGACCGCUACCGAGGGCAUAUCGUGGCGUUUCAACCCGCCGUCGCCGUCGGCGCCGCACUUCGGCGGCAUUUGGGAAGCGGCCGUUAGGUCCCUCAAAUAUCACCUGAGACGAGUACUGGGCGACCACAAGCUCACCUUCGAGGAAAUGAGCACCCUACUCGCUCAGGUUGAGGCGUGUCUAAACUCUCGACCGCUCCAGGCCUUAUCGGACGACCCUGACGACCUAACUGCCCUAACGCCGGGUCAUUUUCUGGUGGGUUCAGCCCUGACGGCCAUCCCAGAGCCGUCGCUUCGGGAUCCGCCGAUGAACCGCCUUACACGCUGGCAGCUCUUACAGCACAUGCGCGACCAUUUCUGGGAACGAUGGGCGAAGGAGUACCUGCACUCUCUGCUACAUCGACCCAAAUGGCAUACCAGGAAGGAGGAUCUACGGGUCGGACAAUUAUGUCUCGUAAGGGGAGACAACACUCCCCCCACUCGGUGA